CAGGCAACCGAUCGAGCACAAGAGCUGGACCGCCUGUACCAAAUGCGGAACCCGCCCCGCCGAGGCCACGCGCCCCAGAUUUCUAUCAGCGAUGACAACCAUCACGUCACCGAGGCCAUCGGCGACCUCUACGGCGGAGACAGCGACACCGAGUCUAACAGACGCAGCCUGAGGCCUCUAAGCUUCAUCCCCAGCCCCAACGGCGAUUCCAUCCAGUCUUUUGGUGCCUUUGAGGCCUUUGACCCCUUCCCCAACGCUCCUCCGGCCAGGUCCCCGCUGCGGCCCCAAUUGUCCUCCGACCACCCCGCCUCCCCAGCCAGCUCAUACAAUGGUUCCGACGCGCCCCAAAACAAGGUUGCGCUGGGUAGGGACUCGUCCAACGGCGACCACAUGUCUCCCCCGCUGUCUCGUUCAAACUCGGGCACUGCCUCGCACCAGUUUCCCCUCAAUGAUCUCGACUACGAGUCGAGCCCUGCCGGUCUCGCGCAGGAACUGAGUAACCUGCAGGCUAUCCGGAGGAUGUCCAUGGGCGUCAACAGUGCUGAUCCGGAUCUGCCGUCAUUUCAAUCUGCCAACUCGCCCCCGUCGCCCCCCGCCGUAUCGGAAGAAGACGAGUCGAAGCUGUUUUGGGUCCCCGCCCGAUUGCACCCCGAACUCGCUCCCAUGGAGUUCAAAACGUUUAUUGAAGACAAGAUUGACAAGACCAGGCGCCGCUCGGGAGAUUCGGACUCACUAAAUCCAGACGCUGCUCUCGGACGUCAGGGUUCGGGAGCUGGGCUGCGGCGGAAGAAGUCGAUGCUCUCCAGACAGAUUGACACUGGUUCAGGCUACAAGGAUGGGGCCGAGAGGCUCGAGAGGAAACGCUCUGGCGCCAGCAAACCCAACGGAGGUCUGGACAACCUCCAGGAGCUGGAGAACAUCCAAGAAGAUCCCGUGUCACUCAUAAGGCGCAUGAGCAUUGACCACAAGACCUUUGGUGGCGAAGGUGAGCUGGGCGAUGACGGAGAUUUGCCCAUUGUCCCGGGUAGCAAAAUGGGUGGCAUGGGAACGCUGAAGCGAUCCACACGCACCACCUAUAGACGAGGCAGUAUACGAAAGGGAGGCCCGGCCCUUUCGCGGCGACUGGUCAGCGGCCGACAGGCAGAGACGGAUACCGAAGACUCUCCCUCUACCUCGCCUGUACAGUCUACAGACAGCAUACCCGAAGUCCCUCCCCUACCUCUCUCCCGUACCCAUUCUGAACCUGUUAACUCAGCGUUUGAAGAGUCGUCCAACAACUUCUCAAGGCCUCCUCCGCCGAAUCGCACGACUUCCAACAUUGAAAGACCAAGCUCAGCAGAAGAAGCUCCCGGUUCAGCUUCUCCUGAGCAGAAAUCGUCUCCUCAGCCAAGACGCUUCCAUUCGAGAAUUGCUUCCAACGGCCGGACAACAGCACCUCUGCCAGGAUAUGUUCCUCCCCAACAACAGGUACCUCAGAUUAUCGAGACAUCCCCCCAGCAAGAUCAAAGACCGCUGCAACUGCCCGAACGGUCCUCUUCACGUCAACUUCCGCCUCCGUCUCAACAGCAACCAGCUGGUCCUCGCAGCUAUCCACAGCCCCAGCAGCCGCCUUCGAACCAACAACGCCAGCCUCCUGCAGCUCGACAGAAUCGCCAUGCUCAGGCUGCACAGGCCUCUCCUAUUAAACCCUCCCAGUCAAUGGACGAUCUGGUAGGCCAUGGAUCUCCAAUGCCUGGCACCAGCAAUCGGGUCGAUUCCUUGUCAAUCAUUCCCAACGCUCCCGAUGAGAGGAAGUUGGAAAAGAAGUCCAAGGACAAGAAGGAUGGCUCCGAAGGCCCCAGGAAAACAAGUUGGGGAUGGUUUGGUGGCGACAAGGAAAAGGAAAAGGACAAGAGCGAAAAGGACAAGGACAAGGAUGCUGCUAAAAAGACCAAGAACAAGCUUAGUAAGCCCCAAGAAAAAGGACAUGAUGACACCAGACUCGAUCUGCUGCAGACAUCGAUACAGGGCGGCGGCCGUGGACGCGAAAGCGUGGUACUGGACCGUGAAAAUGUCAAACUGGAAGAGGAGCGCAAAAAGGAGAGUGCCAAGAAGACUGCCGGCGAUGGCAAGAAAGAGAAGGAACAUGGUUUGUUGUCAAGCAUCUUCGGAGGUGGAAAGAAGAAGGGCGAGAAGGAGUCGUCUCAUAAGAAGAAUGCCUCUCGCGGAUUGUCACCAGACCCCCCGGUACGCAUCCUGAAGCCCGACAUUGACUACAACUGGACUCGGUUUUCGAUUCUCGAGGAACGUGCCAUCUACCGCAUGGCUCAUAUCAAACUCGCAAAUCCCCGUCGCGAACUCUACUCGCAAGUUCUGCUCAGUAACUUUAUGUACUCGUAUCUUGCAAAGGUGCAGCAAAUGCAUCCGCAAAUCUCCAUUGGCAACUCGAAGCAGGCAAAGCAGGCUCAACAAGCCCAGCAGGCCCAGCAAGCGGCGCAGCAAAAGAAGGAGCAACAAAUGCAGCAACAACAGCAACAGCUGCAGAUGCAGCAGCAACAAGUCGCUCAGCAACCACAACAAGCGCCUCAGCAGCAGCAACAGCAAGCACAGCCAGAGGAGUUUGCUCAAUACCAGCGGUACCAGCAGCAACAGCAACAGCAACAACAGUACGAGCAGCAAGAAAAGACUCAGGAGUGGCCUAGCGUAUAUCAGCAACAAGAAAAUGGCUUCUCGCAGCAACCCCAGCAAAAUGGGAACCAUCAGAAGAGUGCCUCUCAAGGUGCCGCAUAUAACCAGAACCCACGCGACUCGCAUCAUUCCAACUACAGCGCAAAUGGCGGUAGCGGUGGCGGCGGUGGUGGUAGCGGAUACAGUGUCGCCAAUGCCCAUAACUACUUGGGCCAGCCAAGCAACGGUAGCUACACUCAUUAUGCCGAGUCUGGCCAGGGAGCGAAGACGGCUGAUGAUGACAUGUGGUAG